AUGGCUGCUAUAAAGAGAUGCACUGGGAAAGAGGCGGAAAGGCUUCGCAAAGACCCAAACGUGAUUGUGGUGCCAAGCAAGCUGGUGUUUACACUCAAGCCAGGCCUGGAACCUGGACAAGUUCGCCGCAAAGUCAGGGGUGUUGCGUGCGGAAAUUUUUCUGGGGAGACAGCCGAGGAGCUUGGUAACGUAUAUUCAGCUGGGGCCACAAUUGAUCUGGUGAGACUUUGUUUGGCAGAGGUCAAUGCAAACCCAGGCUGGAUUGCAGCGACGGACGACGUGAAGACAGCUUUCCCACGAGCCCCGAUCCCAGAGUUGCCGAAUGGCCGAAGGUAUGCUAUGGAAGCGCCGAGGGCGAUGAUUCGGGCCGGCUUGGCAGAGCCGGGAGAGUUGUGGUGGGCAACCGCUGCAGUAUAUGGGUUUCAGAGGAGCCCGAAAUGGUGGUCAGAAAAUAGGAAUGCUACGACGGCAAAGGCGAGAUGGAGUUCACCAAGGUCUGGAUGGAUGAGGAUUGUUCCAUGCGUGACGGACGAGAAUCUCCAUAAGCUGAUUCAGGUCGAUGACACGGGCCAGGAAAGGAUUGUCGGCUACAUUUUGUUCUAUGUCGAUGAUACCCUUGCAGUUGGACCCCCGGACUACGUUCACAGUUUCUACGACUGGCUGGAGGCUACUUGGGAAACCAGUGGACGUGAAGUGGUUUCAAAGGACACUGUCGUUCGCUUUCUCGGCUUGGAGCUUUCUCUUCAAGAAGAUGGUCUCAAGGAGUGGGCUACGGAUGAGGUUCCAGCAGAUCCAGAUCGCAGUCCCGCUUUGAUCAAGGAGGCUCAGCAGAGGUGCGGUGAAAUCCUCUGGACGACCCAGAGGACUCGUCCAGAUGCUUCGUACGCUGCGAUGAUGAUGGCCAGAUUGACGACGAGAUGGCCAGAGAGAUCCAUUCAGAUCGCGAAGAAAAUCCUUGCCUACUAUAACAGCACGAAGGAUGCCGCGUUUAUCAUCGAGAAGGAGCAGCCGUCCAAGCUGGUGAUGUUCAGUGACGCCUCACACUCUCCGGCGGGGGCAAAGUCCAUUUCAGGAACCUUGGUGAUGUGGAAGGGACUACCCAUAUGCUGGCGAGCGGAGAACCAGGGACUGACGGCGUUGAGUAGCGCCGAAGCUGAGCUUAUUGCUUUGAGCGAAGGGGCACAGCUACUUCGUUCCGUGAAGACGACCCUGGAGGACAUGGGCAUCAAGCCAGAGAUGUCAGAGCUUCGGGUCGAUGCAACGGCGGCGAUUGCUGUGGCGAGCUCAGGUGGGAGCUGGCGGACAAGGCACCUACGACUACGUGAAAAUUGGCUGGUUGAGCUCGUGAACUCCCAAGAGUAUGUUCUGAUGCACCAGCCGGGAAUUGAACAGUUGGCUGAUGGGUUGACAAAGCAGUUGGCUUCGGAUCGUGCCUGGAAACUACUGCAGGCGUGGAGCUUCUACAAGGGUGGCACUCAGCCUGAAGUCAAGAAGGUGAAGAUCGCAAAGGUCGAUGGUGAGUGGGAAUCCGCAGCAGCCUCCGCAGCAGCACAAGCCACCAUACCCUGCACAACAGCCAUAAGCAACCAGCAUGAAGGGUUGUCCAAGGCCGAAGGGAAGGAGCUGUUGAUGUUUUUGGGCUUGGAGGAGCGAUCAAUAGAGCAGGAGGCGAGGCUGAAUGCUUUGAUAGGCCGCUACCAGGGGACGAACUGCUUCGACUACGAGUUCUUCAAGGCCUUCGAUUCCAAGUACGGAGAGGUUUCAGCCUGA